UGAGUGAGUGACGUCAGCGAGGUGAUAAGUACUUGUCCUGCAGUCAGUCUGUAUUGUGUCUACAUGCGAAGUCAGAGGGGAGACACUUGAAUUAACGUUAACCUUUGAUUGUUUUGACUAAUUUAAAAACAAACAGUGUCAUGGAGGUCACCACAGAGGCCAAGAGGAUCAUGGUGGUGGCUUUGGGGAAACUGUACAGCUCCCGCACCCAGCGAGGGGGUCUCCGUCUCCACCGGAGCCUCCUCCUGACCAUGGUGAUGAAAUCCGCCCGGGACAUGUACCAUGCGGCCCAGGAGACGGUGGAGUGGGAGGCGGCGGAACAACAACAGUCCCCGGCCGAGGAGCCUACAGACGCUCAAAUGGAGCUCCAGGAGGGAAAACCUUUGACUUCAACCGGAGAAGAGGUCGAAAGCUCCCCCGCUAAGCUCCGCCGCGACGCCUACAACAAGGAGAAUAUGAGCCCGCCCCGACCAGCACAACACUCCCGGAAAAGACGGGGUAAAGCGGCCGUGGAGCCGGACUUUCUACCUUGCAAAAAGGCAAAACUUGAGCAGAAAAACUCUCCCCAUCAGCUCAUUUUAAGUACAGUUUUGCUGUGUGAAUAUAUGAACUGCAGCAGUGAAGUGGGAGCAUCCCCAGCCCCCAUGCCUGUACAGAGAGCCAUUUCAGCGUGUUGAAACUGCGUGGAUUAAAGACUUUAAACUUCUCGACACGGCUUGAACGCCAUGGACUCUUUCGUUUAACGUGAACAUCCGGGAUAAGAGUGCCCUAAAAGCCCCAAGCAUGGCUGUGAACAUGUCGGGGCAUGUACCAGGACUCACGGAAGCAGCCCUGUGGAUGUGUAGUAGUCCCGGUGACUGUUGGCCUAAUUAUUGGCUAUAGCUCACCACAAGGACAGGCUUCAGCUGGCCAAAAGCGGAACUAAAGGAACUGGUUGACCUGAAUGAGGCCUUGAGCUGCCUUAAUGGACAUUAAAAGCUUAACAAAUGUGUGUGGAUAAGUGCUGACUGAGAUGAAAUGUGUUCCAGGUGUAAAACAUUCAAUGACUACAACUACCUCAGUAUUUAUUAAAAACGAUUUUGUACCUAAAACCUUGA